ACUCUGCUUUGACAAAAACAGGCAACUCAUAAACCUUACACAAACAUUGUCAGGACAUUGAAAAAAAAAAGGAUAGAAAAGAAAGAGAGAAAGGAAAAAAAUAAGGAGAUACUGGAGUGGAAAACUUGCAGAAAAGAUGAAAAAGUGCUCUAAAGAUAAGUGAACAAUUCCAAUGAUGACUGAGGAAUGAUCAGAGGGGUAAUACAUGAAAUAAAGAAGACAGUGAAAAAAGAAAAGAGCACAAAGAUAACUGAUAAAAGUGGGGAGAUACCAUAUUGUUAAGAAAAGACAAUUAAAUACAAAGAACAAGGAGUGAGAAAGGAAUGUAAUAGUGACAGCAAAAAGUGGUACAGAAGAUACACCAAGAAGGAAAGGACAUCAGGCGCAACAAUUUGAGGACAGACGUUCAAUUCCUGGUCUACUUUUCUUUGCUUGUAAAAAAUGUCAGCCAUUGUGGAGACAGGAGGAUUUUUUUUUGGGGUGACAGGGUCUAUCAUGCUGGCGAUAACCCUUUUUGAUGCUGAUUGGCGGGUGUCCUCUGUGGAAGGAAGUGUCAUCACCACUUCUACACUCUAUGAGAAUCUCUGGCAGAGCUGUGCUACCGACUCUACUGGAGUUCACAAUUGCCGUGAUUUCCCCUCCAUGCUGGCACUUAAUGGUUACUUGCAAGCCUGUCGGGCCUUGAUGAUCUCCUCACUUGUUUUCGGAUUUUUCUCAUGUCUCUGUGGGAUGGUUGGAUUGCAGUGUACCAAGGUUGCAGAUGGUAACAAUGUAUUAAAGGGCAAGUUUGCAACAGCAGGAGGCGCACUCUCUAUAUUUUCAGGUAUCUGUGCUGGGAUUGCCCUUUCUUGGUAUGCCUUCAAUAUAACAAAAGAAUUCUUUGACCCUCUAUAUCCAGGAACCAAAUAUGAGAUUGGGCCAGCUCUUUAUGUUGGCUGGUCAGGAGCUCUCUUGGAUGUUGUUGGAGGUGCACUUCUAUGCUGUUCAUUUAAAUCUCAAGUCUACAAUUCUGCAAAUAAAUACACCUACAACUACCGUGCAACCAAUGCUGCAUCAUCUUCUAAAGCGGGCCCUCAAGCUGCUCUCCCACGUUAUGAAUCCAACAACAGUAUUUGUAAAUAUGGCAAAAAUGCAUAUGUGUAGAGCUGAAAAAGACUAAAAGGACUAUGCGUUAUAAACUUUUUAAAGAUCUGUUCCUAAAGAACACAUUUUAGUAAUAUUAAACUGGUGCCAAAUCCACAACUCAUUGCCAUUCCAUUCAACUUUGGUCCUUGUGCAUUUUCAUUCUUCAGAAAAAAAAGGAACAUUACCGCGCUUCUGCAACUUUACAGUAAACAUUUAUUCCGGUUUUUUAUAGCGUCAUAUGAACUAUUUUAUUAUUACGAUCUUAGCCCUAUUCUACGUUGACAUAGUACAAAAAUACAGCAAUUGUUGAAAUAUUAAAAAAUGGCUCUGAAGACAUUGAAAAACUGAAAAACUAGUCAAAUUUGAAGAUUUUCUGCACACCUUCUGACCAUAACUGAGUCAUUGCCUGUUUAUUCAAAAGAAUACCUGUUUUCACUAUGUUUUAAGGAAUACCGUCUACUGGAUUAAAACAUUUCUAAAAAUGAAGCAGAAUCUGUUUUGUGUCCCAAGUUAAGAGAAAGUUGAGGGAACUCAAAUAUAUUUUUCAAGCGUCAAGAAAAUUUUUCCAUCAAUCUCUCAUAUUGUAUAAAACAUUGGUAAUAAGGUUUUUCUACUGUAAGAUUGUAUUACUCUUAAGAGUUGUUUUAUUGUGCAUUAUGUUGAUUUCAUAUUGUAUUGUUAUUUUGGCUAAUUAAUUGAUUAAUUCCGCAAGAAUAAAGAAAAAAAGUCUAUAUUUUACAUUUCAAAAUAAGUGCCAUAGAUAUAAAUUUUCAAAAUGGUGAUUUAUCUCAUCAUAAUCUUCUGCUAUUACACAUUGUAUUUAGAUGCUAAAUAUAAGAAAAGUUUGGCAAUAAUGCAUAUAAUAUUGCAUAUAAUAUAAACUAAUUGUGUUAUUGAACAAAAAUCUAAUUAAUUUAAUCUGUAAUAUAUGUCUUAAUUAAAAAUAAUUUAAAAACUUCGAUCUCUACCCGAAAGAGGGCUACUUUCCAUUGAGGUGGUAAAGUUUCAAUGCUGGUGGUAACAUAAAAAUUCUACAUAGACUUUAAUGGAGAUAAAUGUGUUUACCACCAGUUUCCAAACUUUAUCACCUCAAUGGAAACUAGGCCAGAGUAUUUAAAAAUACGUUUCCAUAUAACUCCACGAAAUUGUAUCAUAUAGCUACAGUUUCAAAUAACACUCCAUUUCUUUUUUUUUAAAUAUCUAAUAAAUGUUGAGAUUUGAUGCAACUUUUUUUCUUUAUUUCUGACAGAAAAAAAUACUUCACCAUUACAACUAUUCUUGAACCAUUUUUUUCUUUUUUAUCUGAUCCUUCCUAAAUAAUGUAUCAUUGCUUGUCUUAAACAUCUAGUAUUUCAGAAAGUAUACACUAAUUACUUACUACAAGGGUUAAUACAAAUUCACUGAGAUAUAUCAUGCAUUGUUUAUAUGUGCCAAAAAACCCCAAAAAACUUUUAUUGGACUAACAAUGCUAUUUAAAUCUUUAAAGGGAGAUGAACCCCACAUUUUUUCUUUUAUGAUAUAUAAAGUAUAUGAUUUUAAACAACUUUUCAAUUUUCUUGGUAUACUUUGUUGAAGGAGCAGCAAUGCACUACUGGGAACCAGUUAAAAAUAUUUGGUGAACCAAUGACAAGAGGCAUUUAUGUGCAGCCGCCAAUCAACAACUAGCUUCCAGUUAUGCAUUGCUGCUCUUGAGCCUACCUAGGUAUUCUUUUCAACUAAGGAUAUAAAAAGAAUGAAAUAAAUUAAGAUACUAGAAGGAAAAUUGAAAAUUAUUUAAAAUUGCAUGCUCUGUCUGAAUCAUGAAAGAAAAAAAUUGGGUUUAAUGUCCCUUUAAGGGCCCAGUAAUCUGAAGGUCUCCACUCUUGAGAGAUUAUCAAAGACAAGUAACUACUGUGAUGUUCCUCAAAAAAUUUAAAAGGCAAAUUUUAGCUUGAGAGCGAGCUGUUUAUCUAACUACAGUAUUCUGGGCUUUGGAUGUACAUUGCAAUAUAAUACUCAAAAAAGCAACCAAGAGAUUUGGGGCAAUUUUACUCCAUGCCAGUGAGUUUUUUUUUAUCAUCAUCAGACAAUAAGAACCAAAGAAGAGAUGAAACUCUUUAAAGGGAUAUUAAACCCAAUUUUUUAUGACUCAGAUAGAGCGUGCAAUUUUAAACAACUUUCAAAUUUACUCCUAUUAUCAAUUUUUCUUUGUUCUCUUGCUAUCUUUAUUUAAAAAAAAAAAAAGCAGGAAUGUAAAGCUUAGGAGCCAGCCCAUUUUUGGUUCAGAACCUGGUUUAUACUUGCUUAUUGGUGGCUAAAUGUAGCAACCAAUAACCAAGCACUAUCCAGGGAGCGCUGAACCUAAAAUGGACCUGCUCCUAAGCUUUACAUUCCUGCUUUUUAAAUAAAGAUAGAAAGAGAACAAAGAAAAAUUGAUAAUAGGAGUAAAUGAGAAAGUUACUUAAAAUUGCGUGUACUAUCUGAAUUUUGAAAGAAAAAAAUGUGGGUAAGUAUCCCUUUAAAGCAAAAAUGUAUUGUUAGAUAUAUAAAAAAAAACUUCACAGUGUCUGAUCCAUAUUCUGUAUUUUUAUAUCAUCUGUUAAGGCAAAAUCAGUACAAUAUAAUGUUUCACAUACUAUCGCUUAUGCACAUACACAUGUUUUAUUUUUAUCAAAAAUGUAUUCUAAUUGUAUACUAAAUAAAUGUUUUAAUAAAGUAACAAUUGACAUGAA